AUGCUCUCCACCAAACCCAGCGAACCUCCUUUUCCCUACCCGUCGCCGAACGCCAUACCUCCUCGAACCUUCUCGACCGGAUACGCUGUGCCUCAUCCUCCCUCCAAGUCUGCGCUGCGUCCUCUGCCAGAGUCCAACUGGCUGAGCCAAGGAAAACAUCAUCGUCACACCUCUUCCACUACCUCGGCCGCUGCUAUCCGGACACAACCUCUCACUGCCGUAGUCAUGUCUCCCUCGGCGCCUCCUCCGGACCCCUCCAAGUACGCGACUGAAGACUUCAACUUUACUGCAAGAAAGACGUGGACGGACCAGAAGGAACAGAUUAUAUGGGGACCCUACGACUACGUAACGAGCCAACCCGGAAAGGACUUUAGAACACUGCUCAUUGCUUCCUUCAACAGCUGGCUGGAGGUUCCCGAGGAAAGCAUUGAAGUCAUCAACAAGGUUGUGGGCAUGUUACAUAAUGCGUCUCUACUUGUCGACGACGUGGAGGACAAUUCUACCCUCCGUCGCGGCCUGCCUGUAGCGCACAUGAUCUUUGGCACGGCACAGACCAUUAAUUCGGCCAACUACAUCUACUUUGCUGCUCUCCAGGAGCUGCAAAAGCUCAAGAACCCCAAGGUCGUCACAAUAUACAUGGACGAGCUCAUCAACCUGCACAGGGGACAGGGUAUGGAUCUUUUCUGGCGCGAUACCCUGACCUGCCCGACCGAGGAGGACUAUCUCGAAAUGGUCGGUAACAAGACUGGCGGGCUCUUCAGGUUGGGUGUAAAGCUCAUGCAGGCUGAGUCAAAAUCGCUGGUAGACUGUGUCGAGCUUGUAAACCUCAUGGGCCUCAUAUAUCAAAUCCGCGACGACUAUAUGAAUUUGUCGUCUGUGGAGUACAGUAAUAACAAGGGCCUAUGCGAGGACCUGACCGAGGGAAAAUUCUCGUUCCCCGUUAUACACUCCAUUCGAUCCGAUCCCGCGAACCUUCAGCUCUUGAACAUUCUCAAGCAGAAGACGACGGACGAGGGCGUCAAGCGUUAUGCGGUCAAAUACAUGGAGGGUACCGGUAGUUUUGAAUACACACUACAAGUUCUCGACGUUCUCAUUCAGAGAGCGAGGAAGACUGCCGACGAACUCGAUAACGGCAUGGGCAAGAAUAAGGGAAUUCACAAGAUCCUGGACAAGAUGGUCGUCUCGCCAGCCACUGCCUAA